UACACGCGAGGAAGGCGAAGCGGCGGCGAGGCGGCCAUUGCUGCUGCUGCGUGGUUGGGCUGCGAGAGAGGGUGUGUGUGUGUGUGUGUGAGGAUGGGGGCGGAGGCGGCGGUGAGGGUGCUGGUGGUGGACGACUCGCCGGUGGACAGGCGGGUCGUGGAGCUGCUGCUCCGGGCGCACUGCUGCGGCGGCGGCGAGGCGGCGCCCUUCCACGUGACCGCCGUCGACAGCGGCAAGAAGGCCAUGGAGCUGCUCGGCCAGCGGCGGAACCAUCUCGGCCCUUCCUCGCCGGCGGCGGCCGCUGACGGCGCCAGCGAGGAAGCCAUCGACAUCGUGCUGACUGACUACUGCAUGCCGGAGAUGACAGGAUACGACCUUCUCAAAGCCAUCAAGGCGUUGAGCUCUCCGAAUCCGAUCCCGGUGGUGGUCAUGUCGUCGGAGAAUGAGCCCCAGAGGAUCAGCAGAUGCUUGACAGCCGGUGCUGAGGAUUUCAUCCUAAAGCCCCUCAAGAUCAAUGAUGUCCAGCGUCUCCGAAAAUGCUCCGGCGUCCGGCCGAAGGGCAGCGCGGCAGCGGCCGCCGUCGCCGCCGCUGACGAUGACCGGUGCAACACCCUGAGCAGCAGCAGCACCACCACCAGGAAGAAGAUGGCUUCAGAUCACACGGCCAAGAAGGUGGCUGCCACUCCGGAGCAGCAGAGAUCACACUUGGCAGGCCUAGCCAUGGUGAUGAAUGCCUCCAGCUUCGAGGUGUCACACUACUUCCAGAUCAUCUUCAAGUUCAUCCUGCUCGCCUACGCGGUGCUGUGCCUGAGCCAUCUCCUCCACAGAUGGUCCAAUGGCAGCCUCCUCUCCCUGUGGUGCGCAUGAAGACCAGAUUGAUUUCCGUUAUCGAAAAAGGAAGUGAAAAAGAAAGAAAAAGAUCGAUGAAACUCAGUGGCAUAGAGUGGAUUUAUCCGAGACAACUAAAAACAAUCUUCAAGCACACACAGAAGUUCAACUAAAUUGGAUGAAUGAUGAUCUCCUCCCAGCUAAAGCUGUAACAACUCAAGCUCAGGGAUAAAAGCAUAUGGCUGCCGUUGCUCUUCUCCCAGCUAUAUUCCCAACAGCCAUGCAUGCAGCAGCUCAGCUAAAGAUCUUUCUACUUAAUUUUCUCUAGGCAGUAGAUUGUUACUAUUUGUUUCUCAAGAGAUUAUUCUAACCGGGUUAAUCAUUCAGAGUUUAUUUAUGUGGUAGUAGAUUAAUUAAUUAUUUUGCUGAAGAGAGAGAGAGAGAGAGAGAGAGAGAGAUCAGAACGAUCAAACUGGCUGAGAUAAUCCCCUCCUCUCCUCUCCUCUCCUCUCCUUCCAAUUUGCUCAUUUGUAUAAAGAACGCAUGAUUUGAGUGGGCAUCUGAUGUCGUUUU